AUGGAUCACCACCAAAAAACCACCCAAGCCAGCCAGGGUGAUGCGGUUGAGUCGACGGUUACUGCCAACUCGACCACCCCAGUCAACGCCACCACGACUGAGACUGUGACCGCGAAUACAACAACCUUGCCAGCCGUGGAGAACGUACCGCCCAUAACUGCUGAAACGCAACCGCCGCGAUAUGAAGAACACAAAGAGAUAGUGCCAGCACCAGCACCAGCGGUCGCACCCAACACGAUAAACGGACCCCCAACGGAGAAGACCGCAUGGCAAGCCGCCACCCAAGCUCCAGCUCCCCCGGCGGGACAAGGUCUCGUCGCCCGGACUGCAGUCGAGCUCAGCACACUCGAUGAAGAGCCCCGUCUGAUCAACUGUCCUUUCUGCUACCAACAGACAAUGACAAGGGUCAACAAGGAAAGCACCGGCUCCACAGGAAUGGCUGCUGUCGCCUGCUGUCUGUUUGGUGGUAUUUGCUGUGCCUUCAUCCCAUACUGCUUCGAGAUGUGCCACGACUCCCACCACUUCUGCACAAAUUGUGGCCAGCAGGUGGCGAUGCGACCACACGAUGGACCGGUGCAGGUGUAUUCGCCCCAAGCCCCUGUGGUCAGUGCGCCCGGACACGUUCAGGCACCAAAGGUGGCCGCUGUGGCCCAUGAUACUAGCGGCAAGAACUAA